AAAUCAUUACUGUCAUAACCUCGAUUCUUGUUUUCUGGUUCGUCACUGUCGAGAAGCUAGUUUCUGUUCCAAAUCAAAAAACAUCAAUUUUGUGCAACCUAAAAUCAGAAUUUCAUUAGCAUAAUCAUGUCCCGUGGAAGCAGCGCUGGAUUCGAUCGUCACAUCACGAUUUUUUCGCCCGAGGGUCGUUUGUAUCAAGUUGAGUACGCUUUCAAAGCAAUUAACCAGGAGGGACUCACCUCGAUCGCUUUGAAAGGGAAGGAUGUCGCUGUGGUUGCAACCCAGAAAAAGAUUCCCGACAAGCUGAUUGACCCAACAACGGUUACCCAUUUGUAUCGAAUUACUCGCAAUAUCGGAUGCGUGAUGACUGGAAGAAUAGCCGAUUCUCGUUCCCAGGCGCAGCGGGCUCGCUACGAGGCGGCAAAUUGGCGCUACAAGUACGGAUAUGACAUGCCGGUGGAUGUGUUAUGCCGGAGAAUGGCUGAUAUAUCUCAGGUUUACACGCAAAACGCCGAGAUGCGACCACUGGGAUGCAGCAUGGUUCUGAUCGCAUACGACGACGAGAAUGGACCCUGUGUAUACAAAACGGAUCCGGCAGGAUACUACUGCGGAUAUCGGGCGAUUUCCGUUGGUGUGAAACAAACAGAGGCUAAUAGCUAUCUGGAGAAGAAACUCAAGAAAAAGGCCGAUUACACCGAAGAGGAAGCAAUCCAGUUGGCUAUCACCUGUCUCUCCACGGUUCUUGCUGUGGACUUUAAACCAUCGGAGAUUGAGCUGGGAUUGGUCACCAAGGAUAAACCCGAAUUCCGAGUGCUUGAUGAGGAUGAAAUCGAGGUCCACCUGACAGCUAUAGCGGAAAAGGAUUAGAUUCUGUGAAUUGGUCGACUCACAUUCGUUUAAUGUAUUUCCAACUUAUUUUCUCGGUAUUAAUAAUAAAAUUUCUCAAAAUCUAUUUCCCAAAUUUGUUGACAAUGUUUUCAUAGUAGCGGUUCAAUUCAUUUUAUUCUAUUAAAAAUGUGUUUACGGUUUAAGCAAUUACAAAAUAAACUUAAUUCUAUCACACCGA